AUGUUCCAGGGCAAUAUCCAGAGUAUGCAACAUGUCUCAGUAGGAGGCAUGUUACCAAUCUUUGGGAUUCCUGCACGUGUUUUGAUCGACCCCGGGGCUACACACUCUUUUGUUGCACAUGGUUUUGCCCACAAUGCGAAUGUGAGACUCACGGCCCUACGUGAGGAACUUGCUAUUUCUGUACCCACAGGAGAUGUCUUUACAGUUGGUGUAGUGUAUAGGGGUAGCAUGGUUUUGGUAGGGGAUGUAAUUCUGGAGGCAGAUUUAAUUCCUUUAGAUAUGGUGGAUUUGAAUGUUAUUCUGGGUAUGGAUUGGUUAGCUAAGAAUCAUGCUUCGGUUGAUUGUUUCCGGAAGGAGGUCAUACUCCGUAGUCCCGAACGACCUGAGGUGACUUUCUGUGGUGAGCGUAGAGUUCUUCCAUCUUGUCUUAUAUCAGCUAUGGCGGCAAGAUGGUUGCUCAGAAAGGGGCGUUCAGAACACUUGGCUCACAUAAUUAACACCUGGGAUAAUGGAUUGAGGUUGGAGAAUAUUCCGGUGGUACGGGAAUUUCUGGAUGUGUUUCCUGAGAUUCUUCUUGGAUUACCUACUCAUCGGGGAAUCGAGUUCACCAUUGGGCUCAUUCUAGGAAUAAACCCUAUCUCUCAGGCACCGUAUAGAAUGGCACCAGCUGAAUUGAAGGAAUUGAAGACACUGGUGCAAGAGUUGGUGGACAAGGGUUUCAUCUGA